CUAUGCCAUUACACCGUCUAAUAUUUCCUAACAGCAACUGUCUCAGGCCCAGUCGAACUCCAGCAUCGGCAUUUUUAUUUCUUGCGUAGGUGCUUCUGAAAAUCUUCACACUGCUUAGGUUCGCUCAAAGAUUUUAGUUGAAGGUAGUCAAUAAUAGUAUGAUCGAAGGUGGGCGAGUCCGGCUGAACCGUUGGCAACAGGCGGCAGUUGCGGUUGGUUCCGCAGUUGGUGCAUUGUUGGACCCACGAAGGGCGGAUCUAAUAGCAGCUCUUGGUGAGACCACUGGGAAGCCUGCUUUUGAGAGGGUUCUUCAAAGAAUGAAGACAAGCCCAGAAGGCAGGGCAAUACUCUUGGAGCGACCGCGAGUUAUAUCUGCAGAAGUUGGGCAUGCAUGGGAUCUACCACCAAACACAUUUGGUGCUGCCUAUGCAAGAUUCAUGGGAUCCAGGAACUUUUCUCCAGAUGAUCGUCCACCAGUGCGGUUCAUGGACACAGAUGAACUAGCUUAUGUGGCUAUGCGAGCUCGUGAGGUGCAUGAUUUUUGGCACACCCUUUUCGACCUUCCAACUAACUUGAUUGGUGAGUCUGCCCUCAAAGUAAUAGAGUUCGAGCAAAUGUACCUUCCCAUGUGUAUGCUUUCAGUCAUAGGAGGCACUGCAAGAUUUAACGAGAAGCAAAGGACACUGUUCUUCCAACACUACUUCCCAUGGGCCAUCCGAGCUGGUAUGCAGUGCACAGAUCUCAUAUGUAUAUAUUAUGAGCGGCAUUUUCAUGAGGAUUUGGAGGAUGUUCGGAGGAAGUGGGGGAUAACCCCUGCUCCAGCUGCUCCGACAAAGAAUGGAGCAUGAGAAGUUAGGUGAACAGAUACCUUGCCGGAUCUUAGACUUGUUUGAUUGUCAAAAUACUUUUGUUCCUUCAGGAAAAAGCAGUUUUGAGUUUACAAACUACUAGAAUAAAUGUAUACUUAUGAACAAUGAAGCUCUGAAUGAAACAUUUAUUAUCCGAA